CUCAUUUAUGAAAACUUCAAAAAUUAUUAUUCCUUCACUAUUUGUAAUACAGAAGCUGCAGAUUUGCUGCACAAUUUGUCCAUUGAUCCAGAGACCAUGGCUCAAGUCCCUGAUGCUGGGAAUAAGGAUGUGUAUGGCGGAAACAGUAAUGGGUUCUCUGUACAAGUUUCUUUGUCAGGAGAAGCAACCAAGAGUGUCAAACCUAAUCUUGUAGCUAAUGGUAGAGCUGUAACUGUCAAUAAAGGGUUGAACCAGAAGAAACUUGGUUACCAGAACUCUACUGCUUAUAAUCAAAAGGGUUCAUAUGGAAGAGGUACUUACCCUACUGGCUAUUAUCCUCAAGCGUAUCAGUACCCGAGAUACGGUUACGAGAUGAGCUAUGCGUCUGGAAAGACCAACAGUCUUCACUAUCCGUACAUGAGCACACAUCAGGGACGAUCAGGCGCUAUGGGUCAGUACAUUGACAGCAUAUACUCAAUCUAUGGACCUUACAUGAGUGGCCUAGGAGCCUAUGGAUAUGAUUCUUAUGGUUAUGGAACUUAUAAGCAAACUCAGAACUGGUAUGCGUUCAACAACGGAUACAAGACAAGGAACUACGGUUUUAAUGGGUAUGGCAAAGAGAAUGUUGAGGGGUUGAACGAGUUGAAUAGAGGGCCAAGAGCAAAGGGUUUCAAGAUUGGCCAAGAAGUUUCUCAGCCAGAAACACUCAAAGAGCAGAAGGUGCUGGAAACUGAGAAGGUUCCGGAUUCAAAGGACUACAACAAGGAAGAGUUUCCCGAAACCUACUCCCAUGCGAAACUCUUUGUGAUCAAAUCUUACAGUGAAGACGAUGUUCACAAAAGCAUCAAAUACAAUGUGUGGUCAAGCACCCCCAAUGGAAACAAGAAGCUGAAUGCUGCUUAUAACGAGGCUAUAGAGAAGUCAGAUGUGUCUUGCCCUGUUUUUCUACUCUUCUCUGUAAAUACUAGUGGACAAUUUGUUGGUUUAGCUGAGAUGGUAGGACCAGUUGAUUUCAACCAGACUGUGGAAUAUUGGCAGCAAGACAAGUGGAUUGGUUGUUUCCCUGUUAAGUGGCACAUCGUGAAAGAUAUCCCAAAUAGUUCCUUGAGGCACAUAACUUUGGAGAACAAUGAGAACAAGCCAGUUACAAACAGCCGAGACACACAAGAGGUCAACCUAGAGCAAGGCAUCAAAGUCAUCAAGAUUUUCAAGGAACAUGUGAGCAAGACAUGCAUACUCGAUGACUUUGUGUUCUAUGAGAGCCGUGAAAAGAUAAUCCAAGAGGGAAAAAAGAAGCACCAGCAAUAUAAGAAACAGCAAGCUUUGGCUGCUAAUGACAAAAAGGUUACACCAAAAGAUGAGCCUGAGGAAGCCAAAGAGACUGCUACUACUAUGACAACUUCAUCACCAGAAGUUGCUAGCGAAGUUAUUGAAGAGAUAUCACAAAACGGUGCUGGUGAAGCUGUUAGUGCUUACCUUUGGUGA